CCACUGCUGUUUGUGUUCCUUUCCCAAGGAAUGUGAGGGACACACAAAGCCCGAAUGAUUCUCGGGGCUGUCCACUAACUUUAGGACCUAGUUCGGCCAUGGAACUCUAGUUAUUCCGCGCUUUUCCCCCCAUUAACUGUAACUCUUCGGAUCCCAAACUGGCGACCUCACAUCUCCAACUGGCACGCGCAAAUGAUCUCAUAGACCAGAUCAAGCUGAAAGUGUUUCCUGCGUGGCGGGGGGCUGGAGAGGGUCAUGGCUGGGGCUGGGCUCAGUGCGUGAGGUGGGAAGCCGGGGAAGGGGGCCCGUCCUGGGGUCUGGAGUGUCCGCUGUGGUGCGUCCUGUGUCGAGGAGGCAAGGAAAGACUCAAGCAGGCCUGCCAGAGAGGGAGGGGAGCGCUGUGCCUGCCCGCAGACAUGCUGAGCCUCAGACUUCCGCAGCUCUUUGACAUCCACCAGGUGCCAAAGGUGUUUCGGGAGGACGGCAUCAUGUCUGGGUACCGUCAUCCUAGGAGCUCAGCGCUGGAUUGCAUUCUCAGCAGUUUUCAAAUGACCAACGAGACGGUCAAUAUCUGGACCCACUUCCUGCCAACCUGGUACUUCCUGUGGCGGUUCAGCAUGCUGUGCUCCACUCUGGACUUCCUGACGGAGAGCUACACCUGGCCACUGCUUGUCUACAUGCUUAUGAUCUGCCUGUACCCCUUCACCUCCAGCUGCGCUCACACCUUCAGCACCAUGUCGGCCGAGGCUCGUCACAUCUGCUACUUCUUCGACUACGGCGCGCUCAGCCUCUACAGUCUCGGCUGUGCCAUCACAUACGGCUCUUACGUGAUGCCUGAUUGCUGGGUAAACAGUUGGCUUCAUCAGCAUUUCGCGACCAUCGCCAUCGGGAACUCGCUUUUUUGCACCAGCAUGUCCUGCUACUCGAGGUUUGUAGAGUUACAGUUCCCACAGAAAAGUAAAGUCCUGCGAACGUCCGCGUUUGUCGUCCCCUUCCUCUUUGAUAGCUUCCCGCUGUUCUUCCGCCUGCUGUCGUGCUGUUGGGGGAGCUGUAGUCCCAGCGAAGCUCUGGCCAGCCACUCGUACCAUCUGCUCUUUGCGUUUCUCACAUGCUUCCUGUUUGCGUCCCACCUCCCCGAGAGACUGGCCCCUGGACGCUUCGACUACAUCGGUCACAGUCACCAGCUCUUUCACAUAUGUGCGGUGGUGGGCACCCAUUUCCAGAUGGAGGCAGUGUUGACAGACAUGGCGUCCCGCAAAGAUUGGCUGACGUCGCACUCCGUUCUACCUUCGUUUCUGGGCACCAUGGGGGUUCUCGCACUGGGCAUCCUGCUCAACCUGGGUAUCAUCGGCGUCUUUAGCGCCUGUUUACCGCGAAUGCCUCGCCAAAGCACUUCGGCCUCCAGCGGCGCCCACCUUCAUCAGGAGUAACAAGCUUUUUUUGACCACUCCACACCUCACUGUGCACCUUUCUGGACGAUUUUACUCGAUAUCGCACUUACACAGUCACUUUCACUGAUAUAUAAGCCUCUAGCAUUGAUACUUUUGUACUAAGAAGCUAAACAUGUAUGCUAUUCAAGAUUUAUUCUAGUUAUUAUCUCAGCCGAAAACCCUAAUGAUAAUCACGACCUUUCAGAAGUUAUUGUUUUUUAGUCAUCUAUAUGAAAGGUGAAGGGUUGAAUGACGCUAAUAUCGUAUAUUCUAACAUAGUUUGGUUUUUUUUUUAUAAACGCAAUAUGAUGUUUGCAUCAUUACAUAUUAAUGUUGUGUAACAUUAACUGGAAAGUGAUUAAGUAGCAUUAAUCAGGGAUUUUAUAUUUGUAUUAAUAUCAUCAUGAGUAACAACAUUAAUAUGAUUAAUCCAAUUUUAUGAUGUGUUGCAUAUCAAAAUAUACAAAAAAUUACUGGCGGGUGGGUGAAAUUGUGCCCUUUUAAAUACUCAUAUUUGUAACGUCCCUUUUUAGCGUUAUUUUGAUUCAUUGGAAUGCCUUUGAAUAAUCUCACAGAUGCAACUAAUUAAGGGCUAUUUUAAAAAAAAAUCAUUUUUUUACAGUUUCUCUUACUAAACUGCAUCUCAUGGGAAUAUGGGGCUGCACUGGAGUCCUUCGCUCUCGUUUAGACGUUUCUUGGUGAACAGCUUUGAGUUGUGUGUCCUUCUCUGCAUCGGCUCACACAUCUGUGGUAUUGUUUGUUCAUUGCAGGUUUAUGACAUACAAUACGCUCUGUUUAUAUUGAAGCACAAGGUUUUUAUAUUUAAUGCAUUUUAUCAGUGCACUCGUGGAUCCAGUGCAAACUCGAAAUAGUAUUUUGCUCAUGUAACUCUCUGUUCUUAAACCAGAAGUCAAAGCUAAUCGUUGCAUGUGGCUAAGCUGUUAACCUCCGUCUUUUAUUUUGUCUGACCUAGCGGUGCAAGACAGGUACGUCGGCUUGUAAUAAUUCAGUGCAAUUAUAGUUUUCGCAGAACCCUUUCCUAACAAGCUCUUAAGGUCAGUCACGUGGUGGAAAGUAUUUUAGUUGGUGUUAAUGAAAGGGAUCUUGGGUUAAAAGGAAAAGUAGGUGCUUCAGUGGUUAGUGGCGGAAAGAUUCUGCAUUUCUCCAAAUGCUUAUUUGUAGUUCGACAGCAGAAAUUCACGCUUACCGUUCGGUAAAAGUAGGUGUGUGUUUUUCCAGGCUUCAGCGCUGAUGCCGAGUUCUUCUGCUCAAAGAGGUUUAGAUGUGAAUAUGACUGGUGACACUAGUAUUUUGUGCACUAGAUUUAAAUGAAAUGUAAAAGGUUGUGGAUUCCCAAUCCCUGUGUUUGUUUGUUGGCCCAAAUGAAUGUAUUGCAGUUUUAAAAACUGUGCCAUUUAAUGUUACAAAGUAGCAUUUAAAAUUGCCAAGGAAACUCUGAUUAUUUAAAUUUUGUUUUAAAAAUGUUCCAAAAAUUUUUUUUUUUUUUUUUUUACUAUGAUGCUUCCCUUUAAAUUUGAGAAUUGAAAUAUGCAAUCAUGAUCGCAAUGCCUUUUAUUUGCCAUUGUCAGUUUUGAAGUGUUUUUGUAACAAAUGUGAAGAAGUGCCUAGAAUAAAACUGACUCAUUGUUCACUACA